GCGUGAAGAAUGUCACAGUCAGAUUGAGACAAGUUACGGAGCCGUUACGGUGUUUAACGUGUCACGGAGCCGUAAUGGCGUAUCACAACCAGUACAGACCUCCUCACUACAACAGCGGCCCGCCGGACCAGGCGUUUCUGUGGAAUAUAUUUCAGAGGGUGGACAAAGACAGGAGUGGAUCGAUCUCAGAUACGGAGCUUCAGCAAGCUUUAUCAAACGGCACAUGGACGCCGUUCAAUCCUGUGACCGUCAGAUCGAUUAUAGCUAUGUUUGACAGAGACAACAAAGGUGGUGUGAACUUCAAUGAGUUUGCCGGUGUAUGGAAGUACAUCACAGACUGGCAGAACAUCUUCCGCACUUAUGACCGUGACAACUCAGGGUUUAUCGACAAGAAUGAGCUGAAACAGGCUCUCACUGGCUUCGGGUACCGUCUGUCAGACCAGUUCUAUAACACUCUGAUAGACAAGUUCGACCGGCAGAGAAAAGGACAGGUAGCUUUCGAUGACUUCAUCCAGUGCUGCAUUGUACUACAGAGGUUAACUGACAUCUUCAGGAGAUACGACACAGACCAGGACGGCUGGAUCCAGGUGUCUUACGAGCAGUAUCUCUCCAUGGUCUUUAACAUCGUAUAGCACAACAACACCACCACAAACACCAGUGCCAAACAACAUAUCUGUGUCUUUCUACUGGUCUUCCACCAGUGACAGCGUACACACCUCACUGAAGUUUUAUGGGACUGGAGUUAACGUCUGUUCGUCUCUGUCCGAAUUCAUCUUCCUUUAAAUCCAUCUGAAAAAGAUAAUAAUCCUAAUCCUGUUUUUCAUAUUAAAGACCUUUGCAUUGUACGUAAAGUUUCACAGUAACAUUCGACCGCAUGCCUUCUGAUCAUCUCAUCAUUGUCCAAGCAUGAACGCAGUGCUUUGUGUUGAAGUCAUGUUUACACUGAACAUCAUGAGUUUUAUUUUAAAUCGCAGGAACUUUUAUAUGGUCGUGUGCAUGAAGCUUUGCAGCUGCAACAAAAUGCAAAAUGUUUUAUUAAAAAAGGAAAAAAGAAUCAUGUAUUUUAUUCCUCAUUUUCUUUCCUCGUGGGUUCGACUUUCUUUGGGAAUUUCGAAAAGAACACGAUGUGAGACAUUCCUGCUGCACACACACACACACACACACACACACACACACACACACACACACACACACACACACACACAAUUACAUACAUGCACACACACAUAAUUACAUACAUGCGCACACACACACACACACAAUUACAUACAUGUACACACACACAAACACACACACACACAAUUACAUACAUGUACACACACACACAAUUACAUACAUGUACACACACACACACACAAUUACAUAAAUGUACACACACAAACACACAAUUACAUACAUGCACACACACACACACAAUUACAUACAUGUACACACACACAAUUACAUACAUGUACACACACACACACACACACACACACACACAAUUACAUACAUGUACACACACACACACAAUUACAUACAUGUACACACACAUAUACUGUAUACACGCACACACACAGACACACACAGGAUUACAUCCAGGCACACAUACGAUUCACUGUGUUCCACCAAAGGAGAAUAAAUCUGUUACACGUGUUGACUGAUUGAUGAGAAACAAGUGUUUGUGUAAUUUUGGCUCUUUGCUAAAUAAAUAUUUGUAAUGGCUAAUAA